AUGUCGACAUUAGGCCUGUAUUUCGAAGACAAGCCGCUGCGACAAGGCACGAAACGCGCCCUGGGCCCAGCCGACCGUUACCCCCAAGAUCAGUUUCAAAAAGAAGACGAACUUUCCGCAACCUUUCUCAAGCACGGUUUCUCGUUACUGAACCCUCUUGUCUCCCAGCCGAACGAGUCCUCCAGUGCCAAAGAUGUUUUCACCCAAAAGUUCAUCGAAAAAUCCGAAGAAGACGAAACACUGAUGCCGAAUUUUUACGAAAAACGCGUGUUAAAAAGCUUGAAGCAAAUCCAAGAUGAUUCAUUGCGCUGCUCGCAGAUCCAGGACGAUUUCAAAAACGAAAAGAAAAAGUUUCAAUCCCAAAAGAAAGUUUCCGAAUCCUCCAACCUGGGAUCGCCGCUCAUCAAAAUCGCCACAGAGACUUGA